GUUUCUGUUGGCGCUAAGUUGAAAGGUUACAAUCCAGAAGACAGACCUACUAGCCUUAUUCUAAAAUGGCAGAAAAACGUUCUGCACGACAACGUAAAGUUCAAAAUUAUUCUCUCUUAGCUGACGAAAGUGAUGAUGAAUUCUUUUAUGAUGAGGAACCAGUCAAACAUAAGAAGUACAAUAAUGAUGAUGAUGAUGAUGACAUAGUAGAAAAGUCAACCAGUAAAUCAACUAAAACUAAAAAGAAAACAGCAAAGGAAAAAUCAGUGAAAAAACCACCCGAGGCAACUCCUGCAUCAAAAGAGAAUCAACUUCCUAAAACUGUUAAUGAAAUAAAGCCGACUAAUUUAAGUCCUGCAGUGCUGCCUCACUCUGAAACACCUAAAUCACCUGUAAUCAGUACCACAUCAAGAUUCCUGUCGAAAUCUGUCCCUUCUACUCCUGUUCAUUCAGCUGUAUCACUGUCUAAUGCAGCAGUCACGCCACCACCGUCUUUAGGUAAGGCGUUUAUUCCUGUCACUCCAUCUAGUGGUCUGCGUCUUGGUUUGUCACGUACAAAAAAAUUACGACCUUUGCACACAAAUGUACGCAUAACAUAAUCUACAGGAUAUUUUUGUCUUUUGUAUAUAGAAAAAUUUUUGAAACCUUACUUUAUAUUUGUAUUGUAGAAAACUAUCUUUAUAUAGAAGUACAACUAUAUAUUAUUAUCAUUGUGACUUUUCAGGAGAAUACUCUACAUGUGUUGUUAUGAUUUCCAAGUACAUAUUAUCAAGUGCACAUCCUUCUUUGUAAUCUAAUCCAGG